AUGGCAGCAGAUGGAGGCCAUGUGGACAUACUUCGCUAUUUCAUGAAGCGAAGUGGUACUGAUAGAAACGUGGAAAGGGACAACGGAGACACUGGAGACGGAGUGGACGUGAACGCUAAAAACAAAAACGGUGACACUGCAUUAAUGAAAGCCUCUAUGCAAGGACAAGUCGAGGCCGUCCGGUAUCUCUUUGAACAACGAGGCAUUGACAUCAAGGCCAGAAACCAACGCGAAGAAACCGCAAUUCGUCUAGCUCGUGAUCGUGGCCAUCAAGAAGUUCGGAGUAACAUUGGAGGUGAAUUCCGUGCCAAGUGGUUGGACGCCGACGCUGUCGUUAAACUGUUUGUUCCAGAAGCAUCCGCGACAACGUUGGAGGAGGAAGUAGCGCAAUGGAAACAGCUACGGCACCCCAAUGUGAUGAAGAUGUACGGCGCAUGCUAUGCUCCACCGAACUUGCAGCUCUUUGUUUGUGAAUACAUCACCCAUGGUUCCCUGAUCGAGCAUGUAGAAUUAUCUCCGAUGGAGAAGCCCACAGUGUGGAAGUUCCUAUAUGAGGCAGCAUUAGGUCUCAGGUAUCUGCACGAGCGGUUCUGCUACGUUCGGGUGCUCCACGUUGAAGGAGAUAGCGCGACGGUGCGCGUUGUGGGCCCUGAUGCCGGGGAGGAUGGCCACGAACUCCAGCUUCCAGUCGCUGCGAUAGACCUCCGCGUCGUCGAUGCCGCCGAGGUUGAACUCUGGCCCGGAGAUUACGUGGGACAACCCGUCGCGUUCGUUCAACCCAGCGGUCCUUCAACAGGCGAGUGGGCAUAUGGAGUCGUGAUCCGCUACGAGAUGUUGGCGGCCGGCCCAUCGCUCAGCGUGCUAGUCGGGCAGGAAGUUACUACGGUACGACUGUGUGAACCCCUUCGCAUCAUCAAGGCCGACCCGAUAACGUACGCCCUUCAAGUUGGGGCGACAGUGACAGACAUGGUUCUCAACUCCAUGGAGCUUCUCGUGCAACAGAAUACAGUGAUUAUGGCCUGCCGCAGGCGUCGAGGAGAGCUACCAGCGUCGGUGCAGUCCAUGCUGACAGAUCCCUUCAUACCCGAGGAAAUCGUGCCUCUCAUCCGCCCCCACGAUCUGGCAACGGUGCAAUUUUACACUCAGACGGUUGUGAACCUUGUUGACGAUGCGAUCAGCUUUAUCGACUCUUACCAAGGCCUGUUCGACUCCGACAGUGUCGGCUGGAAGCUUAUGGCGUUUUGGAUCACGAGCAAGUUUAGCAAGUUUCGGAGUAUGAUUGUCUCGCGCGACGUUGACGCGGCCCGGAGUAUCGAGCUCCGACGAGCUCAGCGCGAGCUCGAGCAUGCCCAUCCGCGGGCCCGCCACGGUCAGGAUGACACCCGCCGUGUCUACAGACAGCCCCGCACGUCAUCGAUCCCAGCUGCCGUGCUAUCUGCACUACCGCGUCAAGGUGACAAGCGCCUGUGUAUGAAGGCAACCUCGGUCGUCGGCUGCCCCGGCGACGCCUACAUCACCGAAAAGUACAAAGGAAUCAAGCUGCAUCAAGUAUUGAUGUUCGUGAAAUACCGCGCUCGUGUACAAGGACUGGAGAUGUUCGAGAUCUAUCAACGGGACAGACUCUCCAACCUGGCCGAAUAUGCAUCCGCACUGGGGUUGACACCCCCUCCUACCAGUCAUGUGGACGACAAGAUUGAUACAGACUCCGUCGAGUUCCUCACCAUGUUGGCGUAUCGGUCAAAUCGGUCGCUGCCCAUGUUCGUGCGUCUGAUACGCGGGCAGACCAAGGAGGAUGGUAGGCCCAACAAAGCCUUGUAUGAGUUGUCCAACAAGUCAGCAGCGAACCCAGACCUAUUUUGCCAGUGGAAUGGCGUUGUCAGGGAAGGAAGCGCCAUUGUUCAUUCUGCCGAAGUCCUCAAACACAUCAGCAAGGGUCAGCGAGAUGGCCGCUAUCUCGUACUCAACGCGAGUGUGCUCGACUUGUGGUCUGAGAUAUUCCUCAGCCCGGUUGGAGUGGUUGACAAGGCCGGCAACGAGACACGGAUGAUUAACGACUACUCAUAUCCUGAUGGGGCAUCGGUGAACGACUUUACGGAUCGCUCCAAUAUCCCGCCAGUCUCCUACAACCCUCCCCGCGAUAUUGCGCGCCGGAUCCACGAUUUACGCACGGCCCAGCCUGAUGCUGACGUGUUAUUGAUGCUCGGAGACGUGUCCGGUGCCUUUCGUCACGUGCCUGUCCACGAGGAUGCCGUGCACAUGUUUGCUUUUGCCAUCGACGACUACGUAGUCAUCGAUUUGGCCUGUGGCUUUGGCUGGUGUGGGUCGCCGGCCUUUUACUCUCUAGCGGGGUCUGCCAUCAAUGAUAUUUAUGAGGGUUCGCACUCGUCGGACUCCUCGACCCACAAUGCGUCCCCCUUUCGUGGGAAUGGCUUUUUCCAGAGGGCCCACACGGCAACCGUGGCAAUGCUGCCUUACGGAGCCCGCGCCCGCGCCCUUGACACCGAUACCAUCGAAGAUUUGCGGUGGUUCAGAGCGGUCAUGCUCAACCAAGACCGGUUUAAUGGGAUUCUAGUAUCACAGUUUGCUGCAACUACGCCCCCGUGCAUAAUCGUGGAGAUGGAUGCUUCCUACACAGGUCUGUGUGCUUUGGACACCAGCCGGCGUGGGUAUAUCCGACUGCAAUACAGUGACGAAGAAUGCGCAGAGCUCCAGAGUGGGUCGUACCAGAAUUCGAUCAACAAUGCACCUCCGACACAGCCCACCCACGUCCAGUUUCACAUCGACAAUAUGGGCGCUGUUUCGUGGGCGAGUCGUCGGUACAGCCGCCACCCUACGGCGCAGCUCUACAAUCGACUGAUCUCUAUGGUUGAGCUCAAGUAUGGCCUAUUCUUCACUGCCAUCCACAUUCCUGGCAAGCUUAACACAAUGGUGAACGUCGUACCUCCCUUCGACAAUCUCUCAAGCGUGUGGGAGCGAUUCUGUGCAGCCACGCCCUGGCAAGAUCGUCAAACAUGA